AUGUCCACCGUCAUUGUAUUUGGGCCAACCGGCAACAUCGGAUCCGUCGCGGCCCGCACUGCCCAAGAGCAUGGAGCGAAGGUCGUCCUAGCGAUGCGUGAUCCAACGAAGCCAAUUCCGGGUCUCAGCGCGCAGCAAGAGCAAGCUGGCGGGUUCGAAAGAGUCCAAGCCGAUAUGGCGGACGCCGAGUCCGUCGCUGCGGCCACCAAGAAAUUCGGAGCCAAGCGUGCCUUCAUUUACGCAGCCAUGGGCUCGAAAGACCACAUGAAGUCGACUCUUGAGGCUCUACAAUCCUCUGGUAUUGAAUUUGUCGUUUUCCUGAGCAGUUACACCAUCUCCGGCGAGCCCAAGGACGUCGAGCCCAGCGAUCUCAUCCCUUACGUGCACGCGCAGGUGGAACUCAACCUCGACAAGGUCUUCGGUGUGGAAAACUACGUUGCCGUGCGGCCUGGAGGCUUUGCUACGAACAUUCUGCGCAAUAAGAGUGAUAUUCACUCGGGAGAAGUGAAGAUUUUCACACCGAACUUCAAGCUUGAUUGUGUCACGCCUGGUGAUAUGGGUCGUGUCAGUGGAACUAUUCUCGUUCAGGGACCGAAGAAUGGUCAGCGCAAGGUCUAUGUCUAUGGCCCGAGGGUUAUCUCGAUGUCCGAUGCUAUUCAUGUUGUUGCGAAGGUUCUGGGGAAACCGGUUACCAUCACGACUAUCAAUGCGGAGGAGGCCUUGGAGCAACACCUGAGUCAUGGCCUGCCUGAGCCGUUUGCCAAAUAUAUGAUUCGGAGAUUCGGAACCGAUGAAGAUGCAAAUGUUUCGCGCGCUCAUUAUGAGGAGGGGGUCCGGAAUGUGCAGCUUUACACUGGAAGACCUUCAACUGGGUUUGAGGAGUGGGUGACUGAGAAUAAGGAUCUCUUCAGCGUGUAG